CGCGUCCAAGGAGGCCACCGACGGCUGUGGGCUGUGUGGGGGAACUGGCCCUGCCUAAGUAGUGCCGUCUUCCGCCCCUGCCGCCUCGACCAUCGGUCACGGACGAGAUGCUGCGUCCACGGUUCGCGACGCUCAGUAGUAGUGGCACGUCUGUCGUCUGCGUCAGUGCUAAGGGUUAUUGGUUAUGCGUGCUAUUGGUUAUUUGAGGGCCUGACGUGAGAACUAUUUCGGCGAGGGUCCACAGACGUUAGAAACAUAUUUUAUAAAUGAUGCCUGCCUGAUGAAGAUUGCAGGAACAUCCUGAAGAACAAAGAUGAUUUAUUUGGUGACCCCAGUCUUUGCCCUGUUUGUUUUGAUAAUAGAUAUUGUUGAGUUUCUCUGGGGAGCAUAUUGGGAUGUGGUCAAGACUGUUUUUCAUGUUUUCAUACCAAAAUCUCAAAAAAGUAUAGCAGGUAAAACUGUUUUGGUUACGGGAGCGGCCAAUGGCGUGGGGAAGGAGCUAGCCCUCCUCUUCGGCCAGGAGGGCUGCAAUGUCAUCUGCUGGGAUGUCGAGGAGGAGGGUAACCGGGCGACGGCGGACGAGGUUCUGGCGGCCAGUCCGGGCGUCCGCUGCUCGUCUCAGCGCGUGGACGUCAGCCAGCGCCAGGAGGUGGAGCGCGCCGCCCAGCAGCUGUUGGCAGAGUAUGGUGGGCUGGACAUCCUCGUCAACAACGCCGGCAUCAUGCCCGUGAAGACGUUCCUGGAACACUCCCCGGAGGAGCUGGAGAGAAUCGUCAACAUCAACCUCAUGUCGCAGUUCUGGACGCUGCGCGCCUUCCUGCCCCGCAUGUACCGUCUGGGCGGCGGCUCCGUGGUCAGCAUGUCGUCCAACUGCGGCCUGAUGGGCUCACCGCACCUGGUGCCCUACUGCGCCUCCAAGCACGCCAUCCGAGGGCUGACUGAGGCGCUGACGGAGGAGGAGCGCCAUCUGAGCCAGGUGGGCCGCGCCUCGGUCCACUACCUCACCGUCUUCCCGUUCAUCAUCAACACCCGGCUCGUCAAGUACCCGCGCGUCAGGUUCCCCUGGCUGACGCCGGUUCUGACGCCCCGAUACGUGGCUGAGGAGACAGUGACGGCACUCAAGCAGGGAGAGGAGAUCCUCUUCUUCCCCAAGUGGAUGUACCCGGCCUUCCUGUUCAGCAGGAUCUGGCCGCGCAGGACGCAGCAGCGCUUCUACCAGCUGCUCGACACCGGAGUGGACAAGCAGCAGUACGACGUGGCGGACGAGAUGCGCCGCUUCAACGCGCCGCCGCUGGCCCGACUCCGGCAGUGAGCGCGGCCCGGGGCCGGCCGCCGAGGGACCCGGCUCGGGUCAGCAGACUGUGGCGGCGCUGCACCUCUCAGGUCAGUCGCCGCCGCUCGAGCGACGCCCUGGGGGUGUAUGGAGGUGGAGAUGAACUGAUAUACUCAUUGCUCAACUGGUAACGGGUGUUACGAUGGUGUUUGCGACUGUAUUUUUCUUAUAUGUAUAAUGUAUAUGUUUAUUGCACAUUGUUCUGGGGUAGAAUAGCCAAUAAGUACGGAAGCACGGCAUCAGUUACAUAUAUUCCGCAUUAUAUCGAACUUUGCUGUUGCUGUAAUAUGGGGACCAAACGUGUUUGGACGGGAUACUUUGUGCUUGCCCACAGCUACCAGUCUGUGGAAACCUUCGUGGAGUAGGUUAGAAACCGACAUAGCAGUUUAUUUGCUGUUGGUGGGUUUGUUAAUUUGUUGGUGGGUUGCGUCCAAAGCACUCAGCCCUAAACAUCCCUAUAAUGUCGGACGGAGGUCGGUGGUCAUAGAACGCAAUACUAUUAUUUACAACGAAUCAGUGUUCAGCGAAUCUGUUUUCAACGAAUGCGUGGUGAAACUAAUGGUUAGGAGAACGUCAUUUGAUGCAGGGUCGGUCGAAGACGUUUGCAAUGUUAUUACUAGCAGCGCGCUUUCCUCUUUUUCAUCUAGUUAUCUCGAACACCUAAGCAUUUUAGGGACAAGCCAAAAGAACCUCAACGAAAGGGAAACAGUGGAUCCUUUCAAAUACUAAAGUGUGAUAUCAGUCGAACACCCCAAACGUGCAUACAGUAAUCCGAAGAACAGAAACAGCGAAAAACGCUCUCCAUGUGGCCUGUACUUAACUCGAUGAUUAGCCUGACUGCUCGUGUGAAGGAUCGCCUGUCCGUGGUAAUUAUCAGCGUUGGUAAAAGGUGCUUUCUGAUUGUUUUUGUUAUAUAAGUUUGUUUCUACACGUUUCGUGCAUGUUGAUGCUGAAUAUACAAUAUACAUUUACACAA